AUGAGUGACGUCAGCAGGUGGCAAUCGGCGGUAGCGACAGGCAAACCUGGUCGUCGGGCGCCUGGCAGCGCGCCUGCUGUCGCCGCUGCGCCCCCCUUCGAUCUGCCCUCUUCCGCCACUCCUCCGAUCGCCUCCUUGCGCCCAGUACCGCCGCAGGUCCCUCUCGCCCCGCGCGCUCCCCACCAUCCCGCCGCAGAUAAGCCGCUGGCUUCCGCUCAUCCCACGCGCUCCCUGUCAUCGUCGCAGCCGCACAGCAAAGCCCGCCGUCUGCCCUUCCGCUUCCCCGCGCGCGCCGUGUCCCCCAAGGCGCGCGCGCUCUGCCACUACGCCGCGCUCACCGUCGCCGCGGCCCUCUUUCUCGUCGUGUGGAUCGCCUUUCAGCCCGACGCGCCCCCCCUGCCCGACCGCCGUGACCCCAAUGGGAGGGCCGUCCCCCACCGCUCACAUGAAGCGCUACGAGGCUGCCCGGUGUGCGGCCGCGGCGAGGUCAAGCUGCCGCCGUUGGUGCGCCCGCUGUCCGCGCGCGGCGCCAAGGUGCGCCUCUGCAUGGGCAGCGCCGCCGCGCCGUUCGCGCAGGGCACAUUCGUGAGCCCCGAGGAGGCGCGCGACGGGGCGAGCUUCGGCAGCCGGUUCGCGCAGCUGACGGUGUUCGAGGCGGAGGCGCUGCACGAGGCGGCGGAGGGCGCGGGGGAGGCGCGCGGAGGCGGCGGGAAGGCGGGGCGGCAGGGGCAGCGGGGAGCGGCGGCGGUGACGACGUGGGUGCGGCUGCUGGCGUUUCUGGAGGACUCGGAGUCGAUCCGCAAGACGCAGUGGGAGGGGUGGGGCGCGGCGGAGCUGAGCGACGUGUACUGGCGGGGCGCGCUGGCCGUGAAGUGCCUGGUGUGGCCGGGGCACGACCCCGCCCUGCACAGCGUGGCGCCCGCCCUCGUGGUGGACGCCAUCGUGCGCCACCGCCACCCCUGGCACAUCGCCCUCGAAUGCCCCCUCCCGCCCUUCCCCUCCCCCUCCCCCUCCCCCUCCUCCUCGUCCCCCUCGGACCCCUCGGCGGACCCCUCGGCGGACGAUGCAGUGCCGGUGCGAGUGAGGGUGAGCAGGAGGGAGGCGAGGCGGCACUACGUGCAGUACGGGCAGCGCCUGCAGGUGCAGCUGGUGGCGGCCCUCAACGGCUCCGACCUGCGCAUGCCCCCGCUGCUGCUCUGCCGCGCUGACAGCGACGACACUGACAGUAGCAGCGGCGACGGUGGUGGCAGUGACAGCCUCAUCCACCCGGGCAGCCGCGCCCCGCCGUUCCCCUUCGCUGCCGUGGAGAAGGAGGUGACCGCCGUGGCUAAUGCAGGCUCGGGAGGAGGCUCGGAACUGGCGAGGCUGAUGGGGGGAGAUGGGGGAGGAGGAGUGGGCGGGAAAGGGAGGAUGAAAGGAGCGGGGCGAGGGGAGGGCGUGGGGGCGGGAGGAGGGGAGAGGGGCAGCGCGGAGGAGAUGCUGGUGGACUAUGGGGAGGAGGCCGCCACGCACGAGCAGAGGGGCAGCGGCGCCGCAAAGGCCAGCAGCGGCAGCAGUGGGGUUGGCAGGAGGAGGCCCAUGGGAGCGGUGGCGAUCUGCCUGCGCCCCUUCCACACGCGGCAGCUCUUCUCUCUGGACGUUGCCAUCUCACACGCGCGCCUGCUGGAGUGGAUCGAUGCGGCACUGCUGAUGGGCGUGGAGCGCAUCUACGUGUACGACCGCCACGCCACCGCCAUGGCUGCCCUGCUGGCGCCCUACAGCCAGCGCGGGCAGGUGCAGCACGUGCCCUUCCCCCCCUGGAGCGAGGUCUUCUACCGCCACGCACUCUAUUCUGGCAAGGCCCGCGUGCCGUACCUGUUCCCGGAGAUCUACGAUCAGAUCAUCUCAUACGAGCACUGCCUCAUGCAGGGCCGGCGGCUGGGAGACAGGUGGCAGCUGCACAUAGACAGUGACGAGUUCGUGUGGUACGAGCCGCGCACGGGGGGCUUCCUCAAGCCGCUGCUCGCCCGCCUUGAGCUCAACCACACGCGCUCUCGUCCUCGCGGAAGUAAAGAGCCCCUCAGG